GCACCAGCCUGGGAGAGCGAGAUCAAAGGGAUUUGAAACAGACAGAGGGCUGGAGGGGGAGGGGGCCAGCCAGCCUGUGGAGUCCUCCCCGAGCGGUGCAGAGCCAGCUUCUCCCGGGACUUCUGAGGCCUCCUUGGGUUUGGGGGUUAUUCUAUCAUUAUUUUAAAAUUUCUGAAUCCAGCUGGAAGGAAAGAACGAGAGAACGAGACACCUCGGUAGACUGCGACUGGCUGGCUCUCGCUCCGCUAUGAUGCAGAGCGCGGCUGUCCCCGCGGAGGGGGCUGUCAAAGGGCUCCCGGAGAUGCUCGGCGUGCCGAUGCAACAGAUCCCCCAGUGCGCAGGCUGCAACCAGCACAUCCUGGACAAGUUCAUCCUGAAGGUGCUGGACAGGCACUGGCACAGCUCCUGCCUCAAGUGUGCAGACUGCCAGAUGCAGCUGGCUGACAGGUGCUUCUCCAGGGCCGGGAGCGUCUACUGCAAAGAGGACUUCUUCAAGCGCUUCGGCACAAAAUGCACAGCCUGCCAGCAGGGCAUCCCCCCGACCCAGGUGGUCCGCAAAGCCCAGGACUUUGUCUACCACCUGCACUGCUUCGCCUGCAUCAUCUGUAACCGGCAGCUGGCCACGGGGGACGAGUUCUACCUCAUGGAGGAUGGGAGGCUGGUGUGCAAGGAGGACUACGAGACGGCCAAGCAGAAUGAUGACUCAGAGGCUGGAGCUAAGCGGCCUCGCACCACCAUCACAGCCAAGCAGCUGGAGACGUUGAAGAACGCGUACAAGAACUCCCCAAAGCCAGCCCGGCACGUGAGGGAGCAGCUCUCCUCAGAAACUGGGCUGGACAUGAGGGUGGUGCAGGUGUGGUUUCAAAACAGAAGGGCCAAGGAGAAGCGGCUGAAGAAGGACGCUGGGCGGCAUCGCUGGGGGCAGUUCUACAAAAGCGUCAAGAGGAGCCGUGGUGGCAGCAAGCAGGAGAAGGAGAGCUCAGCGGAGGACUGUGGGGUUAGUGACAGUGAGCUGAGCUUCCGAGAGGAUCAGAUUCUCUCAGAACUUGGCCACACCAAUAGGAUUUAUGGCAACGUGGGGGACGUUACAGGCGGACAGUUAAUGAAUGGGAGCUUCUCCAUGGAUGGGACAGGACAAUCCUAUCAGGACUUGAGGGAUGGGAGCCCCUAUGGGAUCCCCCAGUCCCCAUCCUCCAUAUCAUCCCUGCCAUCCCACACUCCUUUACUCAAUGGGCUGGAUUACACGGUGGACAGUAACUUGGGCAUCAUUGCGCAUGCGGGGCAGGGAGUGAGCCAGACGCUGAGAGCCAUGGCCGGGGGACCCACCUCUGACAUCUCUACAGGAAGCAGUGUAGGUUACCCCGACUUUCCAACCAGCCCCGCCUCUUGGCUUGAUGAAAUGGAUCAUCCUCCUUUUUAAACACCUGUCCUCCUCACCCUCCCCGUCCUCCUGGCUUGAGAGAAUAUCUGCAAGGAUCAAGAGAGACUUGACUUUUAAGGAUCAAAAGUGCACCAGUGUGAAUUUCCAUUAUUUUCAAUGGAAGCCCUCUCCUGAUUCCCAGACGGUCCUGAGACCCUUCCGGGGCACUGUUUUCUUGGGGCAGCGAUGGGGUCACAGCCUCCUCUGAGAACACAGCACAGGGGUGGGUCGCCCCCGGCUCUCUCCCCGCUGUACCGCUUAGAGGCUUUGGCUGCUCUGUGCUUUGGCACGAGGGGACGAGGCCAGGCCAUGUGAACCUCUAGGAAUCUGCUCUGACUGGUGCAUUUCACGCGAUGCCUCCUGAACCAUUGCUGCCGCCAGAACAGAGAUCCCUGAGGUGGGGUGAUGUCCCAUGGGUACAAUGCAAGUGGUUUCCAGACCA